AUGACCUCCACGACGACUUCCACAGUGACUUCCACAAUGAUCCCUGAAAAGCAAAUCCCAACAACUGCAUUCGUGGUCGAGAAGCCCGGCGCCCCAUUUACACUCCAAGAAGUCAUUCUGGACGAAGUGCGAUCAAAUGAAGUCUUAGUCGAAAUGAAGUAUACAGGCCUGUGCCACACAGAUAUCGUCGUCCAACAAGGCGCUAUUCCAGUCGGCGACUUUCCUGCCGUGCUAGGCCAUGAAGGCGCAGGAAUCGUGCGUCGCGUCGGCAGUAACGUCAAAGACAAGUCCCUCCGUGAAGGCGAUCUCGUCUUCCUAAGCUUCGCCUCCUGUCACGGAGAGACCUGCAAUCCCUGCAAUGAUGGCCGAAAUGGCUUCUGUGAUCAAGUGACGAUACUCAACUUUGGUGGUGCUCGAGGCCCUAAUGCCGCCGACUCGCCUAUCUCUUUCCCUGGUGGAAAAGGUCCGCUGCGCGGCCAGUUCUUCGGCCAAUCCUCUAUGAGCAAGUUGGCCAUUGUCGCUGAAAACUCCGUUGUCAAGGCCGCGCCUGGUUCUGGUGUUACAAUUGAAGAUAUGGCUGUUCUGGCUCCGUUGGGUUGUGGAUAUCUCACUGGUGCCGGGACCGUCUUCAAUGUUCUCAAGCCCAAGCCCAAGAGUCGAUUUGUUGUUCUUGGUAUGGGUGCUGUGGGUCUAGCGGCUUUGUUGGCUGCGCGAUCUCAGGGCGUGGAGAAUGUCAUCGCGGUUGAUAUUGUUGAUGCUAAGCUUGAACUGGCGAAGUCUCUUGGCGCGUCGCAUACUCUGAACACGAAGAAUAUCCCUGAUCUUGCGGCUCAUCUGCUUGAGCUCUUCCCUGGGGGCGUUCAAUGUGUGCUGGAUACAACUGGUGUUACGCCGUUGCUUCAGGCUGGGAUUGACUCCCUCGGUCAUGAGGGUACCUUGGCUAUUGUGGGUGUGGCUCGUGCUGGUCAGAAGCUCAAUAUCGAUCCCCUGUCGUUCAUGAUGGGAUGCAAGAAAAUUGUCGGUGCUAUUGAGGGCUGUGCAGAUCCCGCUCAACUUGUUCCCCAACUGAUUGAUCUGUACAAGCAAGGGAAGUUCCCUGUCGAUAAGCUUGCCAAGAUAUAUACCACUGAUAAAUUCGAAGAAGCUAUGCAUGAUUUGCAUUCUGGCACUGUGAUCAAGCCCAUCAUCAAGUGGACGGACCAGUAA